AUGUCAGGAAUGACUUAUCUAUUUUUAAGUAACAAUAACUUCUCUGGCAACUUCCCACCAUUUCUACGAAGCUGCACGAGUCUGUCUUUUCUGGAUCUAUCAUGGAAUAGAUUCUCAGGAACAUUGCCAAUGUCGAUCGGGAGAUGCAGUUCAUUGAAGUUUUUAAGACUGAAUCACAACAUGUUCUGCGGGCAUAUUCCAAACAACAUCACAAGUCUCACAAAUCUUUAUCAUCUAAAUCUUGCAGCCAAUUGGAUAUCAGGUGUCAUACCUCCGCAUCUAUCAAAUCUAACAUGUAUGACAAGAAUAUGUAUACUGGAUUAUUUUUUCAAUGUUCCUGUCAGUCUCCAGGUUUUAGUUGGUGAUUUAUUAAUAGAGACCAAGGGGCAACAACUCAAUUACCAUGGUGCGGGUCUAUUGGAGAUACUGAGCAUUGACUUCUCAUCCAACCAUUUAACUGGUAAAAUUCCAGACGGGAUAACAUCUCUUGAUGGAUUGGUAAAUCUGAACUUAUCUCGGAAUCAACUGAAUGGAGAAGUUCCUGACAAGAUUGGGGCCAUGCAGUCGUUGGAGUCACUUGACCUCUCCAGCAACAAUCUUUUUGGAGAAAUCCCAUCAAGCAUAUCAAAUUUGACAUAUUUAAGCUUUUUGGGCUUGUCUUACAAUAAUCUAACAGGAAGAAUACCUUCAGGACGUCAACUUGACACUCUCUAUUUGGAGAAUCCCUCUAUGUACGAUGGAAACACCGGUCUAUGUGGGCGUCCUCUUCAAAGGAAUUGUGGAAGCAAUAAUACAUCUGAGCAUGGAGACGAAAAGAGAGAUGAACAUCAUUCUGGGCCAAUGUUCUUUUACUUUGGACUUGGCAUCGGAUAUGUAGUUGGUCUAUGGGUGGUGUUUUGUGCCCUACUAUUCCUGAAAGUGUGGAGGAUUGCUUAUUUUCGCCUAGUCGACAGGUUUUAUGAUAAAAUUUAUGUGUUUGUGGUUGUAACAUGGAAAAGCUUUACUAGAAAGGCAGACGUACGCUAAGUGGUAAAAAAGAACUAAUGGUGACGUAGCUUCCAUUGGAAUGAAGUUCUACGAAUACUUGGAAGGUGAACAGCUGAAGUGGCAUUUAGCAACAUCUAUAUUAUAUUGUGUAUCUUGUUUUGGGUGAAGUUGUAAUAAUGGAUGUUCGAGUAAAGCCCCUAAAGCACAUAUAUAUGCAAUGAUAUUUAUUUGUACUCGUCGGUCACAAU